AAGACGUUGACUGAUAUUUUAGUAACUGGAAAUUUUCUGCGAAAUAAUCGUAUUUUGUAAUCAAAAUACGUAAAAUUUUGCAGAUUAUAUUUAAAGCAUAGGUGUAAAAUUUAAUUAAAUGCUUCGGUUAUUGCUUUUUACAACUUUAACAAGUUCUGUUAUUAAAGUUAGUCAUUGCACAGUUUCCGCAUCUGUCUCGAUGGCGCUAAGAAGUGUUGAUUUUGAAAUAUUUGGCAGAGUCCAAGGUGUAUUUUUCCGCAAGUACACAAAGAAUCAAGCAGACAAACUAGGAUUAAAAGGAUGGUGUAUGAACACAUCUAGAGGAACUGUACAAGGGCAGAUGCAAGGGCCAAAUGAUAAAGUGGAAUCUAUGAUGCAAUGGCUGAAAACAACAGGCAGCCCCAGCAGCAAGAUUGAUAAAGCCGACUUCAUUAACAACAAGGAAAUUGACGACUACACAUUUAAAAGCUUCGAUAUUCGACGGGAUGAUUAAUCUGUAUUUCUGAAAUCCCAGCUUUCAUUCCCGCAAAAUUAACCAACCAGUAUUGUUUACGUGGUGGUCAUAAUAAAAAAUUUUGUUAACACUGGAUACAUAUAUCAUGUAUUAAAUAAUUACUUAAAUGCCAUAUAUACAAAAGUAUUAGUUACGCAAAACUUAUUCUUAAAUAUACACAGGUUUGUUAUUUAAUUAGACCAUUUUGUAAUGUUAGAUUGCUAUACAAAUACCACUGUGAAUCUAAUUGUAGUCAGUACGUAAUUUUAAUUUAAUAUAGUAUUUAUUUUAAAAUCCUAUGUGAUAUUAGCUGUAUAUCGUAGAACGUUCUUUUA